UGUGCCGAUCACUACCAGCAAUAGCCGAAAAGAGAAAGGAGAUAUAUAUAUAGAAGAGCGAUGCGUACUUGCAUUCCUGAUUAUCCACCGAGUGAGACUCGGGCUGACGGCUGAGUCUCAGUCAGUGAUUGUCUCUCGUCUGGUGAACACUUUUCAGCCAUAAAAUAUUUAGAUAUUUAGUAACGCAAGUCAGAGCAUCAUGCCUUCCAAGGACUAUGUGCACAACACCAUCCCGGCCUGGAUAAAGAAGAAUGAGCAGUUCUUCAGGCCACCUGUGUGCAUCAAGAUGAUGCACGGCGUCGGUCAGCUAAAGGUGUUCUUCGCAGGUGGUCCCAACCAGAGGAAGGACUUUCACCUGGAGGAGGGUGAGGAGUUCUUCUACAUGAGGAAAGGAGACAUGAACCUCAUCACGCUCACCAAUGGGGCGUUUAGGGACGUCAUCAUCAAGGAGGGCGAGGUGUUUCAGUUGCCAGGAAAGAUUCCGCACUCACCGCAGAGGUUCCCCGAUACUGUUGGCUUGGUCAUCGAGCGAGACAGAAUGAAGACCGAGCUGGACUGCCUCAGGUACUUCGUGGAGGGCACUCAGGAGACCCUUUUCGAGCGCUGGUUCUAUUGUGAGGAUCUUGGCACUCAGCUGGGCCCGGUCAUCAAAGAGUUCUUCGCCUCAGAGCAGUACAAGACCGGCAAGCCGAUUCCCGGCACCAUUCAGGAAAAACAACCGUGGGCACCAGACGCCGCCAGGGUGCUGCAGGAACCCUUCUCGCUGGCCAAGUGGCUCAAUAAACACAGAGGGGAGAUCCAGCAGGAAGGAAGCCGGCGGCUCUUUGAUCUCAGUUACCAGAGUGACGUGUUAGUGUUGGGUCGCGGCUCCUCGCAGCACCGCUUGCCACGCGCAGAGACGUGGUUGUGGCAGCAGGAAGGCGAGAGCGUUGUCAACAUGGGGGAGAAAAAAGUGGUGCUCAAACCUCAAGACACUCUACUGGUUACCGCAAACACGCCCUUCACGCACACACGCGGGGAAGACUCCGUCACCGUCUCUGUUGUGAUGGAUCCCGGCAACAAGGAGCGGGGCUUCGGUCACCUCAAAGAGCAGUAGCAAAGGUCCCUUAAUGGCAUUCUGAUUGUGCCUUAUUAUAUGUAUCGCUAUCUCUAUAUAUCUAGUGUUCGGCCAGCGCUUCUGAUGUAUAGCCAAGAAGGACGAUCACUUGUGUUGAUUUGUAUUAACUUGCACUUAGAGUUGUUAUGACGUUCGCCAUUAUCCUACCAAUAUAAGCUGUGAAGGUUAAGAGGCUACCUUACUCGUCUCUCCGCCACCAUCACCACCACCACCACCACCACCACCACUGUAUCAUCGCAAAGCAAGUGGAAAUGUUUAGGUGCAUAUUAUGCAAGAUGAUGUCUGUUGUUAUGGUUUGCACCCCAUUAGAUAGAUGUAUUUGAAUUGUGUUAUAUUGUAACACAAAACAUUUACUGCAACCCAAACCAUUUUAGAGGUUUAUAGCGUUAUUUUCAAUAAAAAUUAAUCGCA